GGCGCCAUCUUACGUAUUCGCUGUCAACUUCGGUCAAAUUUAGUGAAGUAAAACUGUGUAGAGUCGUGUUGAAGUCAAGUAAUUGAAAUACAAACUACGAUAUUUUGAUUUUCACUCGAUGAGAUAUAUAUAUACUGCAAAUAUAACCUAUAAUGAAAAAACAUUGAAACCGCCGCUAUGUCGGAGUUAAGGCAAGUGAAAGUGGAUAACUGGGGAAUUUAUUUCCUCCAAAGGUUAAAACAUUUCUUUAACCGCACUGACUAUUGUGAUUUAACGCUACAAUUCCAAGACAACGCACAGUUGAAAGUCCACAGACUAGUUUUAAAUGCUUGUACAGAAUAUUUUGAAGUUUUGGAGAGAACAUGCGAAAUGUAUGAAGAUUGUCUCGUGAUGCCGGACGAUCUUCAGGCUGAUGUCGUUGUACCUAUAGUGAACUUCAUGUACACUGGACAAUUAGAGUUCAGGUUGGAUUUACUUGAGAAACUUUACCAAACUUCUCUCAUUAUGAAAAUGCCUGUGCUAACUAAACUUCUGAAAGCUCACCGUGCCAGUCAGAAUCCACAGUGCUAUGCUCCAAAACAUAAAAGCUCUGAACCUACUCCAUCUACUAGUAAUAAACGCUCAUAUGGUAAAGCUUUUGACAACAAGAGUGCAUGCAAAGAGAAAAAAGUAUAUAAACCUGUGAAUAUAAAUAAAGAAAUAAUGUACCGUCCAUCAUCUCCUUAUAUACAAAAUAAAAAAAAUCCAAUGACAGAUCCAAAACCUACAAGAUAUGAGCUAUCAGAAGAGUUUGAUGGUGAUGGGGUGUUUGACAGUUCCUUCUGUAACAUAUCCUAUACAUCUCAACCGUUGAUGGUACAUCCUGACACUAAGAAGCGUUACUCUAAAAAAAGUGGUCUGUUCAAUAAUUCUUCAAGUGAUAGUAAACACACAACAACUUUAGACAUUAUAGAAUGUAAGAAAAGUGUUGAUAACAUCUUUGAAGAUAAUUACUUGGAGAGUGGUAUACUUGAUGAAAAUGAGAUGUUCCAAACAACAUAUUUAAAGAAGAAUAAACCAAUUAUGGACUCCAAUCAACUCUUUGAUCAGAUUUUAGAUCAAAAUGAUGCUCCUAAAAUAACAAUAGACACUAAAAACAGUAAAGUAUCGGCAAAUCUUGAUCAUGCUAAAAUAAUAAGUGAAGUUUUAAAGAAAUACUCUCAUUUAUUGAAAGGUAGUAAAAAUAUCAAAUUGAAAAUAUUAAACACUCCAAACAAAAAGAAGCAAUCCACUGUUCGUGAACAGAAAAAUUCUCAGCAGAAAGUUGAAAGACACGAUUCUAACUUCACCUAUGAGACUGAUGUCAUAGAUUCAAAGCAUGCAGCUAAGUUAAUAGCAAUGGGGGCAGAGAACAUUAAUGGACCUUGGAUAUGCCUUAUAUGUGGAACACCAGGCAAAGCAUUGCAUUUUAUGUCAUAUUAUAAAUUCCGAAGACAUCUAGUUGAAGUGCACAAUGAAAAACCAGUAGUCAAUAUAUGUGAAUAUUGUGGAUAUAAGGCAUUAAAAAGAAAUUAUCAUCUUUACCAUCUAUAUACAAAACAUGGGAUUGAGCCACCACCAACAUAUAAUUUCCCAAAAUGUAAUCAAUGUAAUUAUGUAGCUAUGGGUGAAGGAUAUUUAAUGAAACAUAAGUUAACACAUUCAACUGUGAGCUUUCAGUGUAAUGUUUGUGCUACACACUUUAGUUCAUCAAAUUUACUUCUCCAGCACAUUCAAAGGACAGGUCACAAAUAUUCUGCUGAAAGAAAACACAACCUUCAAUGUAUGUAUUGCCUAAAAGUCUUCUUACGUGAAAGCAGCCUAUAUAAUCAUCUGAAAACAUGUCACAAAAAAGAGGAUAAAUCGAGUGGCAUCAUUGAUGACUCAGAUGAAGAAAAAUCAAAAGAUAAAAAACCUAAAUUGGAGUUAGAGAUUGAGAUUCCCCCAGUUCGUUCACAUGACUAUGAAGAAGUUAAUGUACACUAUCAAAUUCAACCAGACGGAAAUAUCCAUGUUAUUCCUAAUGGUGAAAUAAAAGCACCUUUAAAUCAAAAGCAUAAAAUACUUAAUCCUGAAUUCAACUUAGUUAAACCCAAACAAAUAUACAAAGAAAACAGUAACAUAAUUAACAAUGUUACUACGUCUCUGCAAAAAGGUCAUGUUCAAGAAGACAAUAGUAAUGUUAUUACAAAUGAAGAAAUUGUUAUGAUAGAUGACAGAGAGUACAUCCUGAAAGAUAAUCAGCUUAUACCAAGAUCAACCAAAAAUGCUGAACCAGAAUUCAUCAUCCCAGAAAUGUUGCAUUCAGAACCAGUGCAACAAACAUCUACCUCUACAACUCAGUUAGACUAUACAAAUUUAAUAGAAACUGUAAAUGAAUCUAAUGUCAUCUUNAUUACAAAUGAAGAAAUUGUUAUGAUAGAUGACAGAGAGUACAUCCUGAAAGAUAAUCAGCUUAUACCAAGAUCAACCAAAAAUGCUGAACCAGAAUUCAUCAUCCCAGAAAUGUUGCAUUCAGAACCAGUGCAACAAACAUCUACCUCUACAACUCAGUUAGACUAUACAAAUUUAAUAGAAACUGUAAAUGAAUCUAAUGUCAUCUUAAGUAAGCAAACAAACUUAAAUCAACCCAUCCAGUUUGUUGUUUCUAAUGAAGAAGAAUAUAAAGCAUUAAUGACUGCAAACCAUCCAAUUCUUUUUGAUAAUGGUGAUUCUAACAAAACGUUAGCUGUUUUAUCCAACCCCCACACCUCCAAUGUAGAAUCUACGAGUAUGGAACUUGACAACACUCAGUCAAAUGAUAUAAUGAUCAUACAAGAAAAUUACCCAUUAAAUGUAACAGAGUCAGUUGUAACGGACAAUUCAAACAUAGUAGUAGUUUAUAGCCAUCCUGUUGAUAGCACAAACAAACAAUUCCAAAUUCUGACUACACAAGGAAUAGGAACACAGUUAAUACAAUCAUCUGCUAUAAUUACGCAAAACUUUGAGACUGUCACUACUACUGCACCGGUCAUGAAUGCUCACGUAAUUGAGAGUCAAGAAUGGGAAAAUGACAUAACUCCAAUGCCUGUUAGUAACAAACCAAAUGCUGACUUAGAAAAAACUGGACAAAAUACACCUCAAAUGACAUCUCAUCAAAGUGUAAUUGUUUCACCUGAGGUUCAAGUCCCCCCUAAACCACCUUCACCAGUAGAUAUGGAUGUAGAAGAAACCAUACAAAGUAAAUUAAUAAAUGAGCCAAUUCAGGAAAAUAAUGAAAAAUGCACACAAAGUGAGACAUUGCCGGCUACAACAAUUACACCCAUUACAGAUUCAAGCAAUCCUACUCAAGGGACGAUAGUGGAAAACAUGAUCAUCAAUGAACAGCUUACAGAAGAAUCAAGUGAAAAUCUUCCUACAGUUGAAGAAAAUCUAGAGAAUAUUGAUAAAAAUUCAACUAAAUCAAAACUUAUUCUAGAUUGUAAUACUAAAAUGGGAUUAAAUGAUAUCAGCGAAAACCUCAUAGACAAAGAAGAGAAUAUUUGUAGUCCAACAUUUACACAACAAACAGAUUUAAGUUUAGAAAAUAAUGUUGAUUCUAUAAGUCAAGAUUCAGCUGAGGAAAUUGUACAAUGUGAAGUAUCACUGUCUGCGCAAGUGUCUGCGCAAGCAGUACCAAAAGCAGCUGAGGAAAAAAUUCAAAUAUUGACAUCAGAAUGGUCAGAAGAUGAGUACGAUUCUCCACCAGCAAUCAAUGAUAAUAAAGUAAUUUGUGAAGACUCUAAAGAGAUAUUAACAAAAUCAACUGAAACGCCUCAAAAUAUUGAAGAGGGAACUGUGAACACUGAGUCUCUCUUACCUGAAAAUUUAAAUGAGCCAACUGAAUCUGCAAAACCUGAGAGCCCAAACAAACAAACAACUAAAAUUCCAAAUGAUAACAUAUCAUCUCUGCUAAGUGACUGGGAAGACUCGCAAGAAGAUUUGAGUAGCAAUGACGAAAAUAUUGAUAAUAUAUUACCAAAAGAGUAUGAAGAAAAAUUGCGAAAUGAUUUACCCGAUUACAAUAUACAAAAUAUUGAUAGAGGUUUACCCAAUCUGAAUGAUGAGAAAGAUGAUGAGGAUCUAAUAAAAGUUAGCAAAGAAAAGGUACAUAAUGACCUAACAAACGCAGAUGAGAAAACAGAUAUUUGCUUGACAAAAGACAGUGAAGGAAUAUCUGACAGUGGUCUGCCAAAAAGGAACAGGGAAGAAAUGGGUGACCCUUUACAUGUUAAGCAAAUCGAAAAUGUAUUAGCAAAUAUAAAUGAAGGGAUAGUUUCCACUGAAUGUAAUAAUCGUACAGAAAAAGUUAUUCUAGAUGAACCAAAUAGUGGACUUUUAGAAACAGCUGAGAAAAAAGCUUCACAUGAUCCUGCACCAGAUAAUGAAACCGAUAAACCAGAUGACAAAAUAAAAAGCUUAGUCAGUGAUUGGGAUGAUGACGAUGAGGAAAGUAAAAUCAAUUAAUACUUAGCAUCGAACUUUGGGGCUGAGUUCAUACAUAAAAUAUGUACUAUGUAGUAUAAUGCUUAAAUUAUAGAAUAAAUAAUGAGAUAUUUGUUAUACAAGAAAAUAUAUUUCACUUUUUAUCAAAUCAAGUCCCAUCAAUGUUAUUCUUAAAGUAUUAAUAUUAUGAUUAGUUAAAUAAUAGUAAUUAGUUUGAAAUAAGUACUAAAAAAUCAUGCACUAAAUAAUUAAGUAAUACCUAAAAUUAUAUGGUAACCAUAUUGCUACUGGCUGAAUCUUUUUCUGAACCUAGUAUGCUGUUUAAAAAAAAUUAAACAUUGCAAUGAUAUUUUUUGUAUUCUUUUUCCAAUGGUUGUCUUGCAUUUAAGAUUUAAUUCUAUUGUAAAAAUAGCUCCAGUUUGGUAUAUAGUGCAUUCAAAUAACUAGUUCUAGCUGAUUUUUAUUUUUUAAAAUAUGUAUAUUAGAUUAAGCUUGGUGAUUGUAAAUUAGACUAAAGAAUUCUAACUUUUACACAAUUGUAUUUAUCUGUAUAAGAGGACCAUGAAACGAAACCAUUGUGAUUAAAAAUGUGUAUAAGUCCUUCAUCAUGAUCUGUCAAGUUAUAAAUAUAAAAGCUAACUAUGAAGGUAACUAAAAGCAAUAUUACAUAACCGGUCUAUAAUAUAGAGUAUUUGCUUUAUAGUAAAAUUAAAGAUCUAUGUAAUUAAGUUUAUAUG